CUGAAAUGAGGCAAGUCAGUGCUGGCAAGUUGAAGCCAGACGAGCUCGUUCAGUCAGCCCUGCCCCGCAUGCUCCAAGCCUUUUCUCUCGGGCUGCCCUGCCGCAAAAUGUGCGAGGCGGUUACCGCCACCUGCAGCUGCGGCCGACCGGCCACGUUCGGGCAGAUGAUGAAAGACGCGCCUGGCUUCCAGGGCGUGUGUGAGACGUGGUGGGCGGGGGCGGACAAGAACCAGACGACAUGUCGCUGGUGCGAGUCAAAGCAGCGGCCAGAGGACAUGGACGAACAGAUAGUGGCUCAGAUCGCGCAGUCCGUGUCCAGCAUGAUGCAGUUCUGGUGUGCCGCUGGUGCGAGCAAGUACAAGGAUGGGCGGAUAUGCAAUCGCUUAUCGACCCCUACCGCCGAACCUGGUGCCAAGCCUGCCGCUGAACCGGGUGGGAAGGCUGCAGCCGAGCCUGGUUCGGAUGGGCCGGGGUAUUUUAGAGAAGCAGCGCCGGGGGAUUGGGGGUAUAAAGAGUGGUACCGCGGGUGGAAGGUGGGAAGAGGUGAUGAAUGGGAUGAUGGGGGGGAGGUGGAGGGCGAGGAGGUGAGGGGGGGCGAGGGGAGAGGGAGAGGGGAGAAAAGGGGAGGGGCAGAGGGCAGAGGUGGUGCAUGGGAGGGGGGUUCCGCUAGAGGGGGUACGAUGAUGCGAGGGGGGCCGGGAGAAGUUGAGGGUGGUGAGAAGGAAGGAGAGAAGGAAGGAGAGGAGGAGGGAGCGGUGGAGCCAGGAGAUUCCAGGGGUUCUGCUGUUGCAAGCGCAGGCACGACUUCUCCCAGUGCUUCGCGAACCGAACCUUCCACCGAGCCUGGAGAACCGGAGCGGCCACCGGUUUGGGAGAAGAAGGAAUGGCAGGAGAAGGGAGGGGAGCCGAGCUCCGAGUGGCGGUCGGAAAAGCCGGAGGAGCCGGUGGAAGAGGGUGGGGGGAAUGUGUGGUAUCGAGGGCAUGGGGAUGAUUUGCCCAUUCCGCCAAGAGAGGAAAAACGCGGGUCGCCUUUGGUGGCGACGAUUUUUAUUUUCUUUGCGGCUGUGGGAGUGGUGGCAGGGUUGGCGUUUUGGAAGAUGAGGAGGGAGCGGAGGGCGAGGGAUGCUCAACCCAUCCCCGUGCCACGAGUCGCUGACGGCCCGGCAGCACUGGUGGGAGGCGCCGCCAGCUCAGCACAGUCCGCGAUUGGUGGCGCUGCGAUCCCGGUCCAGAAUCUGAUUGGGGGCGCCGCGAGCGCGGCUCAAAACGCAAUUGGCGGCGUCACUGGUGCGGCUCAGGGCGUGAUUGGCUCUGCAACCACCGCCGCCCAGACCACGGCCGGCAAUCUUGUGAGGACCGUUGGUGGCGCUCUUAACGGAGUUCAAACCACCGCUGGUGGCGCCGUCAACACACUUCAGGGCAUCGCUGGUGGCGCCUUGAACGGGGUUCAGACCACUGCUAGCAGCGCGCUCAACGCUGUUCAGAGCACUGCUGGGGCCGCGCUGAACGGAGUGCAGACAGCAGCUGCGGGAGCAGCGGGCGCGGCUCAGCGCACCCUCGGAUCUGCCCUCAACACGGUUCAAACCAUCGCCCAAGACCCGCUUGGAGUAGUGCAGAGCACGGCUGGGGGAGCACUUAACGCAGUCCAGACCGCUGCCCGAGACCCACUUCGUACAAUCCAGAGCACUGCUGGUGGCGCACUCAAUGCAGUUCAGACCACGGCUGGGAGCGCCUUGAAUGCCAUCCAGAGCACAGCUGGUGGAGCUGUUGGUGUGUUGCAGACUGCUGCUGGUGGCGCUCUAGGGGCGGUGCAGGGAACAGUUACCAGCCUGGGAAACGCUCUGACUGGCACUGCUCAGCAGCUCGCUACUACUGGUCCCGUUAACACUAUAAGAAACGCUGCUGGCACAGCUGCGAGCAACGUGGGCAGCACUCUGAGCGGGCCUGCUGGGGCGAUUCAGGGAGUGGCUGGCGCUGCUGUGGGCAAUGUUGCGAGUGCGUUGCGCGGGCCUGCUACUGCUGCUGUGAGUGCUCUGAGCGGACCUGCUGGGGCGCUGCAGGCGGUGAUGAUGCGUCAGGGAGGUGUGUUGAGCCGCCCGCUUGAAAGCGUUCAGGGGGCUGUCGCUGGUGCUGCUGGUGCAAGCACCCUUGGGAAUGUCGCUGGGGGCGUGCAGAGCACCCUGGGGAAUGCUGCUGCUGGUGUGCAGAGCACAGUGGGCAAUGUGGCUGGCGGUGUGGAGCAAACUCUGGGGAGCGCCGCUGCUGGUGUGCAGGGCACUCUAGGUAACGCCGCUGGCACUGCUGCUACUACUGCGGGUGCAGGUGCUGGUCCUGGCGUCGUUACUACUGUCCCCGUGGCAGCACGCUCAUCAGCAGAGAGUGAGCCGAGAGAGCCAGGAAGGAGGCUGCAGGGCAGCCCGGCAGGUACAGGCAGCACCGGCUCUGCCGCUAUUCCCACUCCCCUCCCCACCGCCCCCAUUCCCACCAUCCCCACUCCCACCACUCCCGCCACCACCCCUGCUGCGAGCACCAGCGCUGGUCCACUGGGUGCAGUGCAGCAAGCACUCUCUGGCGCCGCCUCCACCCUUCAGGGCGUUGCCUCUGGCGCCGCCUCUACUCUUCAGGGCAUCACUGGGUCUGCCGCCCAGCAGAUCACGUCUGCUGCGGGCGGCGUGCAGAGCACUCUCGGGAACGUCGCUAACGUUGCGCAGCAAACUCUGGGCAGUGCUGCCGGUGCUGUGCAGGGCACGCUUGGGAAUGUGGUUGGGGGAGUGCAGCAGACGCUGAGCAAUCCGGUGGGAUCCAUCCAGGGCGCAGCUGCUGGUGCUGCUCGCGGGGUGCAAAACGCCGCUGCAAACGUGCAGAGCACUCUCGGCAACGUUGCUGGGGGAGUGCAGCAGACUCUGGGUAAUGCCACUGGGGGCGUGGCUAAUGUGGCGCGUGCGGCAGGAGGGACUGUCUCUGGAGCUGCUACCAGUGCACAAGCAGCACUCUCCGGACAGCUCUCUGCUGCCCGGAACGCCCUGUCUGGCCCGGUUUCCGCAGUGCAGGGAGCGCUGUCAGUCCCGGCUGGUGCCAUCCAAAGCGCUGCCACCGGCGCGCAGGCAGCAGUUUCCGGUCAGCUCUCUUCAGCCCAGAACGCCCUGUUUGGCCCGGUUUCGACUGUUCAAAACGCACUGUCAGGGCCUCUUUCCACGGUGCAGGGGGCAGCAGCAGGGGCAGUGAGGGGCGUGCAGGGAGCGGUGUCAGUCCCUGCAGGCGCCAUCCAAAGCGCUGCCAGUGGCAUGCAGGGUGCAGUGCAGGGAACAGUCCAGGGGGUUCAGGCCGUUGUGCAGGGAGCCGUGCAAGGGGCGCAGGGCGCCGUGCAAGGGGCGCAGGGCGCCGUGCAAGGGGCGCAGGGCACAGUGCAAGGGGCGCAGGGCACCGUGCAAGGGGCGCAGGGCACAGUGCAAGGGGCGCAGGGCGCCGUGCAAGGGGCUCAGGGCACAGUGCAAGGGGCUCAGGGCGCCGUGCAAGGGGCUCAGGGCGCCGUGCAAGGGGCUCAGGGCGCCGUGCAAGGGGCGCAGGGCGCCGUGCAAGGGGCUCAGGGCACAGUGCAAGGGGCGCAGGGCGCCGUGCAAGGGGCGCAGGGCACAGUGCAAGGGGCGCAGGGCACCGUGCCAAGCGCUGCCUCUCUGCCCACAGCUGCCUCUCAGCUUCCUGCCGCUGCCGGCACUGCUGCUGCGGCUGCCACCGGUCCACUGGGUGCUGUGCAGCAGGCGCUCUCUGGUGCAGCCUCCACCCUUCAGGGCGUUUCCGGGUCUGCCGCCCAGCAGAUCACGUCUGCCGCCCAGCAGAUCACGUCUGCCGCCCAGUCGCUCACAGGCACCGUCCAGGGCGCAGCUGCUGGCGCUGCUGGCGGGUUGCAGAAUGCCGCUCGCACUGUGCAGAGCACUCUGGGCAGUGCGGCUGGGGGUAUGCAGCAGACUUUGGGCAGUAUCGCCGGGGGGGUGCAGCAAACUCUGGGUAAUGUCGCCACCGGCGCACAAGCAGCACUUUCCGGACAGCUCUCCGCAGCCCAGACCGCCCUGUCAGGCCCGGUUUCCACGGUGCAGGGCGCAGCAGCAGGUGCUUUGAGGGGUGUGCAGGGUGCGCUGUCAGUGCCUGCUGGGGCGAUUCAAAGCGCUGCUACCGGUGCACAAGCAGCACUCUCCGGCCCGCUGUCUGCAGUGCAAAGCACUCUGUCAGGGCCACUUUCCACGGUUCAGAAUGCAGCAGCAGGGGCAGUGAGGGGCGUGCAAGGAGCGGUGUCAGUCCCUGCUGGCGCGAUCCAAGGGGCGGUUAGUGGCGUGCAGAGCACCCUGCAGGGAUCCAUGCAAGGCGCACAGGGCGCGGUGCAAAACGCUGCCCCACUGCCCACAGCUGCCACUCAGCUUCCUGCUGCUGCCGGCACUGCUGGCAAUGCUGCUGCUGCUGCUGCUGGUGCUGCUGAUACAGUCCCUGUGGCAGCACGCUCGUCAGCAGAGAGUGAGCCUAGUCAGCCGGGAAGGAGGCUGCAGGACAGCCCGGCAGGUACAGGUAGCAGCACUGGCUCUACCGCAACAACCCACAGCAGCCCCACUUCAACCACCCCCACCACCCCCACCGGUCCACUGGGGGGCGUGCAGCAGGCGCUCUCUGGCGCUGCUUCCACCCUUCAAGGCGUUGCCUCUGGUGCUGCCACCACCCUGCAAGGCGUUGCCUCUGGUGCUGCCACCACCCUGCAAGGCGUUGCCUCUGGUGCUGCCACCACCCUGCAAGGCGUUGCCUCUGGUGCCACCACCACUCUCUCUCGAACCACCACUGGCGCUCAGUCCCUCGCUGCCUCUGCCGCCCAGUCCCUCCCCGGCACAAUCCAGUCCGCAGCAGGGUCGGUGCAGGCAGCAGCGGGGGCGGCAGUAGGAGCAGCAACAGGGACUCUGAACCGGGUAGGGGAUGCACUCACACUCCCCCUGCGCCAGGCUGUAACGGCUGUAGCACAGCCUCUUGUAGGGGCAGCCCAGGUUUUAGCGCAGCCCUUGGGAGCGGCUGUAGCGAGCGCUGUGCAGCCGGCUGUAGCAGCUCUGCAGGCGGGGGUUCAGGGGGUUGGGGCAGGCGUUUCAGGGGUUGCUGGAGGGGUUGGGAGUGUAAUGCAGGCAGCAGGGGCAGGCGUGCAGAACGUAGGGAGAGGGGUGGUGGUAGGAGUGCAGAGCGCAGGGGCAGCAGUGGGGGAGAGGGUGCAGAGCCUUGGAGCGGCAGCAGCAGGGGGGGUGCAGAGCCUAGGAGGGAAUAUGACUGGGGCGGCAGCAGGGGCGGCAGAGGCGCUAGGCAGGACUGCUAGUGGUCUGGGCGCCGGGCUAGGGAACACCGCAGCUGGAGUUCAAGGGAGUAUUGGCCAGGCGCUCGGGGGAAUUACCCGGGCGGUUCAGGGCGGGCCCGGGAAUCUCGGGCAGGCGGUGGGGCAACUUACCCAGGGAAUUCAGGGCGGACCGGCAGUGCUAGGGGGUGUGCUGACCCGGGCGGCAGACGCGGUUACUGCAGCAGUGGGAGGGGCGGCAGGGGCGGCGGGGAAUGCUGUGACUGUAGCGGUGGAUGCUGCUAGUGGCACGAUUCGAUACAGCAUUGAGGGGAUUGGGAAUGCGUCAGAGCUGGUCUCUGCUGGGAUCUACCAGGCUGCUGGGACGGCAGGAGGAGCUGCCAGGUCAGCAGGAACCCAGGUGGUGAGCCUGUUCAACCAGGUCAACCCAGUCAACGCCCUGUCAGCAGCGGGCGGCGCACUCACAGGCACAGUAGCCGCCACGCCCAGCGCCAUCGCCAGCCUGCUGCAGAACCCAGCAGGCUUUGUCCUGCAGGCCACAACCAGGGGAGGUGCAUCUGCUGCUGCUGGCACCAACAGUUCUGCUUCUGGGGCCACCGAGACCCGUGUGGCGCCACUGAGUAUCCUCGCGCCACUUCUUCCAUCGACAAUCACCACCACUCCUCUCCCCGCUGCUGCCUCCGCGGCUCCUCGGCUCGGUGUUCGACGUCAAGCGUCUUCCUCCCCAACCACCACCACCCCCUCCACUACCUCUACCAUCAACCCCUCCUCUGUCUUCUCCUCCUUCCCUUCUUCCUUCCCAUCAUCCUUCCCCUCCUCUGUCCCUUCAACCCUCCCAUCCUCCCUCCCCUCCUCCCUCCCCUCCUCCGUCCCAACCUCCACUCCCUCCUCCCUCUCCUCCACUCUCGCCAACCUCCCCACCAACACCCCCACCACCUUCCCCACCUCCAACCCCCUUCCCGCAAACACCCCUCUCCCCGGAGGCUCCACACAAUCCUCUUCUGCUCCUGGCAUGCUGCUGGGCAUGGCUGGUGACACGGUAACCAAUGCCGCACUGCAGCUUCUGCGGGGAAUCCAGGGGGCCAUGUCUGGCUCUGGUGGUUCCAGCAGUAGAGGCGGUAGCAGCAGUGGUACCAGUGGUAACGCAGGGUUUUCAAGUGGUAACACUGGGUUUCCUAGUGGUACGACUGGAUCUGCCUUCCCUGCAGCUUCUCAAGGAGGUUCUUCUGGGGGAGGUAUUGACUGGGCUGCUGCGUUGCCGCUACUUCAAACCCUUGUCCAGCAAGCCACAGGCGGCGGUGGUAGUAACGCUGUUAGCCGUGGAAACAAUGAUGGUACACUGAAUGUGGAUUUGAACGCGUUGUUGCCCGUGGUGGAAGCUCUUAUGGGGUUGGAGACAGGGGGUGCAGUUGGAGGGAAUGCAAACCAGCUGGACCUUGGGAUGCUGAUGAAUCUGGCCGGGGCCCUUGGCGGUGCCGUGCUUGGUAAUCCAUGA